AUGGCGCCUUCUUCAUCGAACUCGACUGCCCAGCCUCGCAAGGCGGGCAAGAAGCUGUCCAGAGAACAGCAGCGAAGGAAAGCCGAUAGCAAAGCAUCCAAGGUUCGCCGUGUUCAGCUAGAUGCGAGCGGGAACCAGGCGAGUGCAAAGCAAAAGACUCUCAAGCAGAUCAACAAGAAUGCAGACAGAGUCACCACCCGCUUCCGUUAUGCUUCCUUCAACCAGCGCCUUCAGGACGUCCAUCUCGCGCCAGCUGCCAUCAGCGCGAGCACCAGCUACCGACCUUACUCCGGCCUCGACGCUCCGCUAGCAGCCGCCUCUUCGAGCAAAGCUACCGCAACAAGCCUUGAUCUCGAAGAGGACGACCCAUUGGAUCAAAACGACGAAGACGCUUCUUCUUCCCUGCACGCCAAGACGUCUUUCUCGCACGCACUGCAAGCAUGGACCGACCUCAACCUCUCCAAUGCUUUCCACGAUUUGUAUCGUCAGCUCAAUCCCAUCACACAGUCCCUACCGCAGCUCAUACACCAUCGAAGUGCCAUCUCGACAAUCCUCACGACAACGCUCUCGGCACGGAGUCAGUGGCUUGCCUGGGAUGCAGCCCUUGACCUUCUUCCGCGACUUGCGAAGGACCUGGGAUCCGAGUUCCUGCCCAUCUAUCCUCCCAUACUCCAGAGUGCAGUACACGUCACCACGACAACAAAGGCCACCACAAACGGAGAUGAGCGCGCAGCCGCCAACCUGGUCGAACGCGGCUUCCAGUCGGCAGCAUGGAUCCUCAAGGCGGUCAGCCCCUUCAUUGUCAGCAAGGAAUUGGCUUCACGUGCUGAUCAGGACGAGGAAACAGCAGAUUCAGGUAUCGACAUCGAGAUUGUCGAUGCAGAAGCAGAGCCAGAGGAGGUCGACGAAAGGACUCGCCGGCUGAUCGAGACUUGGACUGUCAUUCGUCCCUACCUCGGAUGGAAGCCCAUCACCGCAAAGGAGGUCACACGCGCGAACGACGACGACAACAAUGAAGAAGAGGAAGAAGACGACGAUGCAGCUUCAACCGCCUCGGACCAGGGUGACGCUAUCGACGAAGAGACGGCACCAGCAAAGAAGGCCGCUUUCGUCAACACCGACGUCUCGCGCAUCUCUCCCUUCACGAGACGAUUUGCUUCCGAAGCAUUUGCCCACCUUCUGCGCAAGACGAGGGGGCCACAGCUGCAGAGCAUCGCAUCACUCAUCCUCUCCGACCUCGAGACUAUGCUGCGCGACGAGGAUCGACACCCGCACUACCGACGCCAGCCAUCGCGUCGCCCAUCAGUACGCUUCUCCCGAGGUAUUGCUGGCAUCUGGGUGGAAGGAUGCAAAUCGCUCGAACGACGCUUACACUCCAAAUGCAUCUCUCUGCUCAGCGUGCUGCUUCGUCCCGCCGCCCGCUCAGCAGUCGAGUCAGCUUCCGCUGAUUACGGACACCUGACACGCCUCAUCCUUGGUCGAUUGACCAUCACGGCCCUGGUUCACCACUGCAACGCUUUGCACUUUGCCCCGGUGCUCGAGUUCGUGUCCAGUCUCGUUGACACCAACCAGUCGCGAGCGUCCCGUGACAACAGCCCGGCCCAGGAUAUCGCCCAUCUCACCGAAUCUGUUGAGUGGCUUGCAUGCGCUGUCGGCGUGCGAAAGGGCUCUCGAGUUGCAGAUGCAGCCAAGCCGGCGCUGUUCGCGCUUCUUCUCCGCCUCUCGCCUCUAUUCCAAGAUGCUUCGGUCCAGGCCUCGCAAGGUGGUCCCCUUCGUACCUCUCUUGUCUCGCUGCUUGCGCUGUCGAUUCCGAUUGGCCGACUCCAGGACCUUCUCGGCCCUGGUAUCAAGCUCGUCGACUCGGUCGCGCCCGUGCCCACGUCGUCCAAGUCCAAGGACACGUUGGGACAGCGACAGGCGCUCUGGCCCGAAUUCAGCGGUCUGGUCGAAGCACUUGCACAGCCGGCUCUGGAGUGGAGCGGAUUCAAGCAAUUUGUCCUUCCAUCGGUCCUGACUUCGACCGCAGAGACUGUCGCCUCGACAUCGACGUCCUCGCACAGCAAGGAUCAGGCCUUUACACUUCUCGAACGACUCGAGAAGCUCGGCCAGCUCGACGACGUCCGCUCUUCGCACCCCAGCCCUGCCUUGGUGCGCUGGUCUAAGCAUACGGCUGCUGAGAUCGAAACUCGACUGGACCAGCUCGUCGCCCUCUUUUGCGCUACCACACAAAAGGCGAAGGGGUCAAAAGCCAAGAGCGCCGCAUCUCGCGUUCUUGCUGACCAAAGUUCAUUGGAGCCGCUCGUUCCGGCGCUGCGUUUGUCCACUGUGCCCAAGACUGCAUCUGCUGCCAAGUUCGGAUCUCAGAUCGCUCAGCUGCUCUUAGAUGGCCUCCUUUCGGAUGCGUUCUUUGCAUCCGAAGUGCAGGUGAAGACAAGCUAUGACGAGCGUAUCGUCAACCCUGCCUUGUUGGUCGGACUCGCCUUCGAGAGCCUGGCCAUCCUGCAAGAGCGCAGCACAGGCAAAGAAGCCGAAUCUUGGGCGGGUCAGAUCAAGGAUCGCUUGUCCAUCGAGCAAGUCGUGCGUUGCGCUUCAUGGCACCGCGGCACCCUUCGUGGACUGAGCAAGUAUCUCGCCUCUUGCCCUGCUCGCCUUCGCCCUCAGCUGCCGCAGCUGGUUCAAGUCAUCGACCCUUUGUCGAAGGCAGUCAUGUCCUCCGAUCCGAUCAUUCGUCUCGCGGCGCUCGAGAUCCUCUCGAUCAUCGAAGCGGAAGAGCUCGGCGCCGAGAGCGUAUUCGUUGGCAAGCUCGUCGAGGUGGAGCGCACACCUUUGACCGUCGAAACGAUCCGCGAUCGUAACGUACGCAUGCGCAGCGUCGGUCGAGACCUGGGUCGUGCUGCUGCCGUCUACAAAGCUGCAGACGUGCAACGCUUCGCUCAGAGAGAUGCGUUGGUACUGCGCUAUCUGGUCGCCAACCUCAAGGUCAAUCUGCGCCCCGUCUGGUCCGAGGCCAUCAAGGCGGUAUCUGACAUUAUUGGGUCAGGCCAACGUCAACUUGAGGACACUCUCUUUGGCAUUGCAAUCGCCGAGCUCGAAGCAGGACGACAGCUCGACUCUUCCGAGCUGCGAUCCGUCCCUGCAGAUUGGACGCAAAUUAAUGCAGGCGCAAACGGCCACGUAAACGAGGACGAAGCCAAUUCCGCCAAAGCAGAUGAGGUCGAGCCGGAUCGCAUUCUACGCGAUGAGAGCGACAUGGCGGGCAUCGAUGACGACAAGCAGUUCCAGGAUGUUAUCCUGCUCGGAAGGCGUAAAGCUGUCCGAAGCUGCAUUCAGCACGCUCGUAUCAGCUCCGAGAAGGCGGGCAGCAGUGUUGGCCUCACCACCACGCUUCAAGCCUGCAUCGACGCGCAGCAGCCAGACGCACGACUCGACCUCAUCAACUACCGCCACCAGAUCCUCAAGCUACUAGGCGAGAACGCACUCAUCGUCGAGCGCAACAACGCGCGCUUCGUGCACAUCUUCUUCCGGGAUGCUGGGCCGCGCAACCUCGCCGGCGUGCUCCUCUCGCCGCUCGACGACGACGAUGAAGAAGAAGAGGAGGAGGAGGAGGACGAAGACAACGAGAUUACAAGUGUUGGCAAAGAGGAGAAGAGUACCGAUCUCGCAGUGAUGCUACUAGGCAAGAAGGAUCGCCAAGCCCAGCUGAAUGCCUAUCUCGAGGUGCUUGGCAAACUCAAGAACCCCAAGGCUCUCUCACGGACGGCCGAGCUACACAGCUACCUGUUGAGCCUGUGUGCUACAGCAGAGGUGUCGGUGCAGAAGCUGGCGCUCGAGGCGAUCUUGACCUGGAAGGAUGAAGCGGUGAUCCCGUACGCCUCCAAGCUCAAAGAUCUUCUCGAGGCUGGCAAUUUCCGUGACACGCUGACCACCUUCACGAUUUCAUCCGACUCCAACGUGGUUCAGCCAUACCAUCGUCCCGCUUUGAUGCCUCUGGUCAUUCGUCUCCUCUUCGGUGCCCUGCUCUCGAGACGCGGCAAUCGUACGAGCGGUGCCGGCCAAAGGGCUCGACGAGGAGCUGUGCUUGGUGCACUGGCGGACAUUGGCUCCGAGGAGCUCGUCACCCUUGUCGAUCUGAUGCUGGCUCCCUUCGGAGACCAAGCCGUCGUGCCCUCAGAUGGUGCUGACCGCUUUGACUUUGUCUCAAAGUCGCCUGUAUCAUCCACGCGCCGCCAAGUCGGUUACCUCACCCUGCUCGGCGAGGUCGUCAAGCAGAUCGGCACGAACCUCCUGCCGUAUUGGGACCGUCUCAUCUCGGUGGCUCUCAACCUCACGUACCAUGCUCAUCGAGCCGUCGUUCAGGUGCACAUCGAGAGCUCCGAUGCUACAUCGGCGGUCGAGACCAGCAAACCCCUCACCGCGCGCACAUCUCGGGCUCGUCUCGUCCGUCAGGCCGGCUACAAGCGACUGUGCGACUUCUUCGGCAAGCCUCAAGCAGCUUCAGCGUUCGACUGGAACAGGUACCUGCCCGCCAUCUUCGCCGAGCUCGUCACACCACGUCUCGAGUUGCUCAAGGUGGAGUCGAGCCAGAGCCCGUCUGCACUGCUCGAGCUGUUCCACGUGUGGACAAGUCAGCCUGAAACGAUCCCUCUGCUCGGAACGUACGACAACCAAGUCUUGCCCAGCGUGUUUGCUAUCCUUGCAGCACCAAACGUCAAGCCCUCUGCUAUUGGCUCCGUGCUCGACAUCGCUGAGCGGGUCCUCGCCGCCGCUUCUGCCGGUAAGGAGGCGAUGGACAUCACUGCAGAUGUCAGCUAUCGCAACGGCAAUGAUCUACCGUUGGUCGACCUGCUCGUGAGGCCCCAUGCCUCGGUGUUCCUCAACAGCGUCAGCCCGCUGAUCGAGCAGGCCUCUGCGGCAGUGGGUCCUGCAGCUGCUGCGAUGGGCCGAGACGAUCUGCUUCGUCGUCAAAUCUCGCUUCUAGCGGCCUUGUCGCCUUUCGUCACCGCUGCGGAGGACGCCAGCCAUCUCAUCAAGCUCCUCAGCCCCAUGAUGCGCAAGUCGAACUUCCUCGUACCUGAACGCACCAAGACCGAGCUCCUCGCCAUCUUUGAGCGUCUGCUCUCGCUCAUUCCCGAGUUCCAAGACAAGCAUUCUGAUCUGUACAAGAGCACGUUUGCCAUGUUCAGUAGCCUCUUCUCGCUGCUCCGCUCCGCCGACUCGCGAAGGACGCUCAGCGCUGCAUUCAACCGAUGUGCCGAGGUGGACAUGGAGCUGGACCGAGUUGCAAAGUGGUGCACUCAACUCAAUGCGCUCAGCAAGCGAAGGGUCGAAGAGCGCGACUUCGACCAGCUCUUUGCCGCUUUCGACUCGAUCAACGGUAGCGACGUGCACAUCACCGCGAAGGAGUGGCAGCCACUCGUUCACAACAUGCUCUUCCUGAUCCUGGACCCGGAAGAGCUGUCGGUGCGCAGCAAUGCUAACGCCUCGCUGGUCAAGUUCAUCACGCAGACGGCUGGCGAGUGCGACUCGGGCGCGGACGGCGAUGGCGAACUAAUGCAGCUGUUCUUGUCAGCUGUCUGGCCAGGCCUCAAGAAAGCCGUACGCAAUCGUUCGGAGCUCGUUCGUCGAGACGUGCUGGCUGUCAUGUCGUCGGCUGCGCAGAACCUUCCAAAGUGCGAAGUCAUGGCGGAGCUGUCUGGACUGCUGGGUGCCGGCGACGCAGAGGUCAACUUCUUCAACAACAUUCACCACAUCCAGCUUCAUCGAAGGACACGUGCAGUCAAGCGUCUGCCAGAGCAAGCCGCGAAGGGCGGCAUGAAGAGUCGCACCAUCAGCGACAUUCUUGCUCCUGUCCUUGGUCACUUCCUCAUGCCCGGAUCCGUGGAGCUUAAUGAUCACAACCUCAUCACAGAGGUCAUCACCAGUCUCGGCCAGCUCGCAGGACAGCUCACGUGGGGUCCUUACAAUGCUCUGCUAUGGACUUAUCUCCGCCUCGCUAACAAGAAGGGGUCGUCGGAGCGCGUCAUGGUUCGAACUGCCAUGGCCAUCUUGGAUAACUUCCACUUCGGCAUGGAAGAGGAGGCGAUCCUCGACGGAGCCGACGUAGAUGACGACCAAGCGCUUGACGAAGGCGCCGACGCCGAAGAGGACGAGGAGGCUCGCAUCGCCGUGCAAGCCAGCAGGGACGGUAAGGAGGCCGAACGGGUCAAGAUCCUCGAUGCCGUUACUUCGCGUCUGCUGCCUCGACUCAUGGCAUACCUCGAGCAGAAGGACGAGACGGAAGACUCGACUCGUCUUCCGAUCGCCGUCGGUGUGGUGCGCGUCGCGCAGUGCCUACCCGCCAAACAGCGUCAGACCCAGAUCUCCAAGCUCCUCAAGACGCUUUCCAACGUCUUCCGAUCCAAGGCCCAGGAUACACGUGACCUUGCUCGCGAGACCGCCUGCAAAGUCAUGUCGACGCUAGGUGCAAGCUUCCUCCCCGAGUUCCUGCGUGAGAUGCGGCGAUCCCUGAUGCGGGGUCCGCAGAAGGCCGUGAUGGCCUUCGCGGUGCACUCGGUCCUCACGCAUCUGAUGACGAGCAAAGACGAGCCGCUUACCUCGCUCGACCAAGGUGCCAAGGAGAUCAUCGAAAUUGCAGUCGAGGACAUCUUUGGCGCCACCGCCGACGACCGUGAAUCGAUCGGCAGCAAGACGACCUACCGAGAAGUCAAGCACAGCAAGAGCAUGGACACAUUCGAGCAAGUCUCUCGCAUCGUCACGCCCAAUCGCAUGGCCGAGGUACUUCAGCCUCUGCGAGACAUCCUGCAGCAGACGGAGAUUCCCAAGACGGUGCGUCAGGUCGAAGAGUGUCUGCGUCGCAUCUCGAGCGGCAUUCCCGCCAAUCCGCAGUUCGACUCAAACCGCUUCCUGUCGCUCUGCGCGACGCUCAUCCGCCGCGACGCGGUCUUCUUGCAGGCGCGCAAGCCCGAGACGAAAGCUGCGUCGCGCCACAAGUCGGCGACGCUGUACAAUUAUUCCGUCUUCCUCAAGCGCAAGGACGUCGAAGAGGGCGCGACGGCGGGCAAGGACCACUAUUCGCGCAACGCACACAAGUUCGUCGCUUUCGGUCUCGAGAUGCUGGUCACUUCGCUGCGCAGGGAGCGCUUCGACUUCCAAGAUGAGGAAGUGCUGGCGAAGCUCAACGCCAUGGUCAACAUCGUCGGCGAAGCAGCGUACGCGAACGAGUCGUCCGUCCUGGAACUCUCGCUGCGAGCCAUCGCUCAGAUCGUCAAAGUGCCCGUCUCGCGUGUCGACAAGGCACUGCCCGUGUUCAUCAAGCAGAUUUUCGGCAUCAUUCACCAGUAUGGCUCGCCGCAGUCGCAGAUCGUGCAGACGGCCUUCCGCACGCUCACUGCCAUCCUGCGCGAAUGCAAGCAAGCCUCGCUAUCUGAGACGCAUCUCAGCGGGCUGCUCAAGCUCAUCUCUCCCGAUCUCGAAGAGCCCGCUGUGCAGACCACGCUCUUUGCUCUGCUCCGCGCCAUUGUCAGUCGCCGUCUCGUCGUCUCCGAGGUCUACGACACCAUGGACAAGGUUGCCGAGAUGAUGGUGACCAACCAGAGCGACUCGGUGCGCGACCUCUGCCGCUCGACGUACCUCCAGUUCCUACUCGACUACCCGCAGGGCAAGCAGCGUCUGCGCAACCAGAUUGGGUUCCUCGCCAAGAACCUCGCCUACGAGCACGAGUCGGGCCGUCUCUCGGUGCUCGAGAUCACCGACGCCAUUCUCAACAAGUUUGGCGACGAGCUGCUGCAGGAGUACGCCGAGAUGCUGUUUGUCGCGCUCGCCAUGAUGCUCGCCAACGAUUCGAGCUCCAAGUGCCGCGAAAAGGCGGCGGUGCUGAUCCGAACGUUGCUGCGCGCGAUGACGGAGGCGCAGCAGGACAAGACGGCGCUGAUGAUGGAUGCGUGGUCGCGACAGGAGGGGAAGGCCGAACUCGCAAGGGUGGGUGUGCAGAUGUACGGAUUGCUGUUGGAGGCGCUGUCGGGCAGAGGCGCCGUGUGGGCGGAUAAGGCGCUGCAGGUGGUGACCAAGGUGCUGGUCGAGUGCGCGGACGAUCUCGAGUCGCUCGAGAGCUCAGACGGCGGCGCUUUCGGCUUCGAGGAUAUGGAGCUGGAUUGGCAGCUUCCGUACCAUUCGCUGCAGACGCUUGGCCGUAUCACCACGGUCAUCGGCGCAGGCGACGCGAAAGCGGCAGAGGCCAACGAUGCGGUGCGACGACUGCUGCUGUUCCCGCACAAGUGGGUGCGCAUUUCUUCGUCUCGCAUCCUCGGCGGGAUGUACGCACUGCGCGAGCCAAAGGCGCCGAUCAUGGUGCCGAUGCAGCAGGACCCCAUCGCGAGCCUACCUGCGCUGGUCGACGCUGCCAAGAAGUCGUGCUUGCAGCUGAGGUCGGACAAGCUGGAUGACACGCUGGCGCUGCAGGUGGUCAAGAAUCUGGUGUGGAUCGGACGCUCGUUUGCGCUCUUCCCUGUUGAUCGCCCUGCACUGGACGAGGUGGAGGAGCACGGUGCGGCAGAGGAAGGUAGCAAGAAGCGUUCGCUUAACGGUCACGAUGACGAAGCGAACGAGGACGAUGACGACGAGGGCAAGGAUGGUGAUGAGGACGCGAGCGAGGAGGACGAGGAGGACGAGGGAGAGAACGACGAGAUGGACGACGAAACGAUGGUCGAGAGCGCUCAGAGCCAACAAGCCGCCAUGGACGCACCUACCGCCAUCGCCACGGACCCGCUCCGCUGGCUCGUCUCGCGACUCUCCUUCCAAGCGCGUCUCUCUCUCGCCCAGUCCAAACCGUCACACUGGACCAUCGCACCCUCGUCAAUCCUGCGCUUCUUCGCCGCGCUCUCCUCGUCCCUCCCAGCCGACCUCCUGCCGCACCUCCUGCCGCUCUUCCUAUCGCCCAUUAUCCGGCUCGUCGAGUCCCCCGCUACGGCGCAAACCAGCCAGCACGGCGGCGACGACCUCAAGGCGCUCGCCAUCGAAGUGCAGUCGCAUCUGCAAGCCCUCGUCGAUGUGGGCCGCUUCAACAAGGUCUACUCGAUACUGAAGCGACGUCAGCAGGCCAAACGGGAGCAGCGCAAGACAGACCGGCUCAUGCGAGGCAUCCAGAACCCAGAGGCGCAAGCCAGGCGCAACGAGACCAGGAACAGGAAGAACCAUCAGGCAAGGAAGAGGCGCAACCAGGUCAAUUUGGAGAAACGAGAAGCGGGGGGUAGUGGAAAGACUAAGCGCGCACGCCGGGAUUAG